GUCGACAAUAGCGGCAACUCUUGCGUACAGGACUUACAAGAGUUGGACACACGGCUGGACAGAGAUCUACUCAUACGACUAUAUCGGGGAAUGGUAAAACUGGAUCAAAUCGAUACAGUUUUAUACAACGCCCAAAGACAGGGCCGGAUCUCCUUCUACAUCACGAGCCACGGCGAAGAGGCCACUCAUUUCGGACCGGCGGCCGCUCUCGAGGCCGACGAUAUGGUCUUUUGCCAGUAUAGAGAGGCCGGUGUACUGAUUUGGCGCGGGUUUACCAUUGAUAAUAUGCUGAACCAGUGUUUUGGCAAUCGUAAAGAUUUGGGAAAAGGCCGCCAAAUGCCCAUUCAUUACGGCAGCCGUGACUUGAAUUGCGUGACCAUUAAGUCGACGCUGACGUCGGAAAUGGUGCACAGCGUUGGGUCGGCGUAUGCGCUGAAACGGCAACAGAAGGGCCGUUGCGUUCUCUCCUACUUCGGCGACGGCGCCGCCUCUGAGGGCGACGCUCACGCGGCCCUCAACUUCGCCGCCACUCUCGACACGCCUAUCAUUUUCUACUGCCGUAACAAUGGUUACGCCAUAUCGACGCCAACCACUGAGCAAUACCGGGGCGACGGUAUCGCGGCGAGAGGACCGGCGCUGGGAAUACCCACCAUUCGCAUCGACGGCAACGACAUUGUGGCCAACUUUGUGGCCGUGGCUGAGGGCCGACGGAUCAGUAUCGAAGAGAACCGUCCGGUUCUAAUAGAGGCCAUGACUUAUCGGGUGUCCCAUCACUCGACGUCCGACGACUCCAGUGUUUACCGCAGUGUCGAUGAAGUGAAGAAAUGGCAGAAAAACAAUCAUCCGAUCAAUCGAUUGCGUAAACUCUUGGAGAAGAGGGACUGGUUUUCGGAGACCGAAGAGGAUCAGUACAAACAGGAGGUCCGCAAAGAGGUGUUGGCGGCUGUGGUUCGGGCGGAGAAAGUGCUUAAACCCAGCCUUAAGACUAUUACCGCGAUUUGGCCGCACACGUGA